CACGGCAAACGAUCCACGAUCCACGAUCGACGACAGAUCAUCGACAAAAAACCACAAAAACGACGACGCAUGGACGGACCAGCGGACUCCGUGCGCGAUUUUCAUUCACUUUUCACCCAACACCCAACUUCUCGGUUCUCAGUUCGCGGUUGUAUAUAUAUACAUAUAUAGAUAAUACCAAACCGACCAGUAGUUAACGAGGCAACCGGCCAACGGUUCACUUGUCCAGCAGUUCAUCAGUGUAACGGCGGCAGUUGGGAGGAAAACUUAUCAUUAUCCGUAAUAAUCGUUAAAGUUAGAGCUUUUACCCCAACCCCCCUCCAUGAGCCGCGAAUGCAAACUUCGCGUUGUCACGUAAUGCCCAUACAAUUUAAUUUCAUAAUUAAAUUUUUUUGGAAUAUAUCGUACUGAGGGGUGAAAAGCAAGUGCUGUCGCCAUUUCUCGUGAUUUUUUGGCAAGUAAGGAAUAUGAAAAGUGGCCGAGUGUGUGUUAAAUUAAAUCACCGCAUUAUAAAUAACUUGGGAAAUUUUUAAAUCUAAAAUAUAUAUUCAAGCCAAAAAGAUAUAUAUACACAUAUAUACGUGUUUCGCUGCGGACGCGCCAAGUAAUCGAAGCGACAAAAAAUACGCAAAGUUCGAAAAAACGCGACAGAGUGCGGGAUUUUGUGUGUGUGCCAAAUGUCACUUGUGUGUGCGUCACUGAAUAAGAUAAACCACGAGCACAUAAAAAACGCACACACAGCCCGAUAUACGACAUAAAAAUAUAUAAUAUUCUAUUUACGCGCGUGUCUUGUAGCCAAAAAGUAAAUCUUAGCCAGCAGCCGCAGCCGCAAAAAUGGAGUCGAAACGCUCGAAAAAAGGACGCAAAUCUCGGCCAGCUGAGUCCGAGCAUCCAUCUAACCAACAGCAGGAGCAGCAUCAUCCCUGGGACGAAGACCCUUCGGCCAAGAGUCCCCAAGCAAAUAGGGCAAUUCCCAGCACGGGCACAGCACUGACCCGCUUCCUGACCUGCAUGGCACCAGUGAUUGUGUCGCUACCUGGCGCUGGAACUGGCCCCACUGAGCAGCCGACCAUACUACUGAUCAACGGCAUCGCCAGCGAUUUGCAGCUAGAGGAUAAGCAGUCCAAAGCAGCCGCCUUAAAGUUAGCCCUCGAUAACAACAACAGCGAGGCAUCAGCAACAGCACAGCCACACCAAGUGCCCACUACUCCGGGUGGGUCCCAUCUCCUAGACUUCGAGUCGCAUCUCAUCGAGAGCAUUGCCGACCAGGCCAGUGGCGUUGGGAUCAGGGAACUAACUCCGUUCGAGCAAGAACUGCAGCAGGGUUCAUCCAAGGCGGGCACCAAUGACACGGACCCAGUCAUCGAGGUAGAACCAGCUGGUGUUAGGACCAAGCAGCCUGUGGAAAUCUCACCGCCGGCUCAUCAAAUCGCCGAGGUUGACGAGACGGCCACUCCGUCGGAGGAAGUACGUCGCACUGCCGAGCAGCUGGUGGAUGAGAUCGAAGAGGAGCUGAUCCAGGCACUCAGCCGGGAUGUAGACGAGGCGCAGCGCGUGCACGAGGAUCAGGUCCAGCGAGAUCGCGACGAGAUCAGCGCACUCACCCAACAGGUCGAAGUGCAGUUGAAUGAGCUGACCGGCAUCCUAAAGAACAAGCCCCAGGCGGAGAUUGUCUUGGAAUUGCCGGCGGAGGAGGAGGAGGAGAAGAAGCCCAAGCCAUUUGUCGCUGCUCCCAGUGAACUGAAGCUCGUGGAGGUACCCACUCCCAAAACUGAGGCUGAGGAGCAGGAACGUAAGGAGUUCAUUGACUCAUUGCCACAGAUCGAGCAGAAUCGCCUGCAGGGAGGCACUGGAUCCGAGGAGACGGAUGCUCAAAAACUAUCGGCGGACUGCAAAAGGGAGUACUACAAAUCGCUGAAGAAGUACCUUCUGCACAGCAGCCAGGAGAAGCCACCAGUGCCACUGCAAACAUAUCGCUGGGAGGACCUCAAAAGAGCCAAGGAACGGGGCGGCUAUCCCUGGACACAUUUGUACAAACGCCCACUGGGACCCGACGAGCAGCCGGAGAUUGUGCUGCUCCUGCGAAAGUCCCAGGAACUGCGCUUCAAGUCCGAGUCUCCCAAGUCCCUGAAGAAGGUACGCUACGACGAGCAGGUGUUGGUAAAGGAGACCGAACGCUACAUACAGGACCUUUCCGAGGACGAGGCGGUAGCCACCACCACCGACGACAGCAGCGAAGAGUCCUCCGAUUCAGAGACCGAGUCGGAACGUGAUCAGCACAACGAAGACGCUCUGAGUGAGUGCAUUUCCUGUGUUUCCGACUCCGUGCUAGCGGUUGGAGGUCACGCCCGACCACGUAAGACGAAUCGCCUGGCCCACAUUCGUGACCUUAUCCGGCGCAGGCGCAGCGGACGCACUCACGAGGACGCCCAGUCACUGCCCGGUAACUCCGCUAAUCCCAGUCGACAGAGCAGCGUUCACGAACUAGCCCCGCCGCCGGGAUCCCUAAUUCCCAACGCCGAUAAGCCUCCGAAGUCCAGCAAACCCAAGCAGGGAUUCGACAUCAUGAAGAAGCUGAAGAGCCUGGCCGAACGCCAGAAAAAACGGCUGAACAUUAAGAGGAUCACCUUGAAGAAGGACGACAAAAUCGUUCUCGGCGAGCAGCAGAAGAUCAUGAAGCUAAAAGCGUCACCCAAGUCGGAUCGCGGUGAAAUUCCUCACUUCAUCGAGAAGCAGGACUCCGACGAAAUCCUGGAACUGGUGGAGUACGAUGAAUCGCCAUGCCGCAAGCGGACCAAAGAGGAGCUACUGGAAGAUCAGCCCAGUGGCAGUGGAAGAGUGCCUGAACCCGAUGAGAUCAUCGAGCUGCCUGUGGUCAAGACUGAGAUAGAGGCUCCUACAGUGGAAGUCACCGAGCCUGCAGAGGAAAAGCUGGAUAAUAAGGACGAAAAGGAAUCGGAAGCAGAGGAGGACCCGCUCAAGAAAACACCUCGCAUUCGGCGAGAACAUGUAUACGAAGAGAUUGGCCAGGUUGGAUCGCAAGAGCUUGUAAAUCAGCCAAUCCUGGAGCUAGAAUCUCUUAAGAAAUCUCUGACGCGUCAGGACAAUCUCGCCAUCGAUGAGAUCGAGGCGGCCAAGGCUGUGCCUCUGGAUCGCAUGGGCAGCAGCGAGGAGGAGCAGGUGACCGCCGGCAAGCCCGGUGCGCUAUUUGCCCCCAUCUCGUCCAUAGACUCCACCUCCUCGGAUGAGGAUCGAGCCCGCCUGGCGCAACUUUCGCCCGUUACCGAGGAGAGUGAUGAACCCAUGGACAUCAGUCCAGAUCUGCGUCCAUCCCUCAAGAAGGAAGCCUCCCCAGCGCCCUCGGACAAGAAGGUCACCUUUUCUCACGUCGAAGACGAAGCGGAACCGCAUCGUGAGGAUGUCGAGCUGCCUGAGGAUGUCCUGGAGGCGGCCACAAAUGCCGCCAAAUGGAAAAACGAGAGUGAUCAUGAAUACGAGCCCGUGGGCGUGACGCCGGCGCACGAAUCCUCGCCAGCACCACCUAGCCCCCAAAGCGAACUGCAGCUGCCCAUGGACAUCGACUUACCGCUCAGUUCCGCCGGCACCACGCCACGCACUGAAUCCCGGACUGACUACGAAAUCCACACCAGCCAAGUGGACUCGAGCGCCUUGGAGGAGUUGCCGUUGCAGCCGGAGAAUCGUCGCAAGGGUUUCAUGGCUUCGGCCCAAGAUCGCACCAAGAAGAUGCAGGAUGGCAUACGUCUGCAAGCUGGAAAAUUACGCACACGACUCCAAACCAAGCCGAAACCAAAACCCGUUUCCGGAAGUCCCAAAGGUAAGGCCAAGGAUCGACGACGCUUCAAGGCUCCCGAGUUCUCGAAGAUCAAGAUGCCUGAGAUAAGGCGACCGGAUAUGUCCAAACUUAAAGAGCUAAAGCGACCCGAGUUCACCAAGUUUAACAAGCCGGACAUGUCCAAGUUCAAGUUGCCAGAGAAGUUCUCCACUUUGAAGCUGCGUCGUAGCAAGAGUUUCAAAGAAAACGAGGGUGAAGUGGUUUCGGAUGAGACCCCGGAAGGCACUGGAGGCACAGCAUCCCCAACUCAGGCGGCACCUAAGAAGAAGUUUGAGUUCAACUUUGGCACCUAUCCACGUGCUUUCCGUAAGAAGAAGCCGGCAGAGGAACCAGUCGCGGUGGCCACUGAGUCAUCAUUGGGAACAGAAGCCCUUAGUGUGAUUCCCAGCACGGAGACGCAACCGUCGCAGACCUCUACCAGCUCUCCGCAAGGUGAUCGUGGACCCGGACCAGUUCGUUCCCGCUGGGCGGAUAAGUUCUCCGAUGUGAGCUACAACGAUAGCGAAGGAUCACGUUACCGGCGCUACGGCAGCGAACUGGAGAGCUUCGACAGAGAAUCCUCUCUGGAGCGACGCAUGAAGGAGGAUCUGGAAGGCACCGAAGAUACGGCCAGUGAGGCACAACCCCAACAGGAGAUGGGCAUCUUGGGCGUGGUGGCCGAUAGCAAACAGUUUGCCGAAUUCGACGAGGAAAACCGAGCCAUUCACGAGAUAUCAAGUAAGAGAUCCCGUGAGUUCAAGCGCCGCCCUAUGGUUCAUCAAGAUUCGGAUCUGCGCUCGGAGGAUAGCAGAGACGCCGAAGGCUGGACGGAGAAGGAUAUACAGAAGAACAAGCUACUGAGGAAGGCAGAAUUGGAGGCGGAGGCUGGCUUUUACAAGUUCCACGACCUACAGGAUGCCCAAUCCACAGCCAGUUCUGGCAAGAAAGUGGUCAUGGAGACAAUCGAUGAUGAUGAGUUCUUCCUUCGCAAGCGCGGUAUUUCCGAGGAUAACAUCCAGUUGCGACAGUACAUCAGUGAAGCUAUUCGCGAGGGUUAUGACAUGCCCAAUGCCCUAAAGCAUGUGGGUUACUCAGCCGAGCAGGUUCCGGCGGAAUAUGGUGACUACGAUGUGCCUCCGGCCAAGCCACGUCGCCUGCAUCGAAACUACCAGCCCGACUUCGACUCCCAGGAGUUCCAGCGCAGCGAUUAUGGCGACGAUCUAUCCAUGUCACAAAAUGGCAGUGAGUUCACUCCAAAACGACCACUUCGCAAGGCUCGCAGUCGCAGCAAAUACUCGAUUGAGGGUAGCCAGGACAUCCCCCAGGAUGGUGGUAGCAGUAUCCAGUACUUCGAAGACGACGAGGAGUACCUACGGCCGCCGGCCAGGGAUCAACCGAUUACGGACUCCGAGCAGGCACUCAAUAACCUUGAUCUUGGCGGCGAGGCAGCGGCGAUGAUUCAGGAGGAGAUGGAGCAGGAGCUACAGAAUAAGCCCCGUCCGCAGGCACCGAGGCGCCAGAAGAAACGCACAAGGGACGACGCAUCCGUGGACAAGGAUGCGGACUCCUUCAUUAACGGCUUCGGUGGUAGAUCAGUAUCGAACACCUUUUUGCAGCCACACGAAGAUGUAAUUGUUUAUCGCACUGAACACGAAUAUCGUCACAUACCGCUAGCCACGCCGGACAGAUUUACGGAUGCCACCUCUGCGCGCACACAGCGUUCCGAGGACGACCGCACUUCCCGUGGUGCCGACUCCCUGAUUCUGGACGGGCACAUAAAGUCCCGCGCCGAGCUGGAGGACAACGAGGAUGUGGGACCACGGACAAGGAGCGAUGAGAAGUUCGUCAUCGAUAUGCUGGAGAGUGAUGGCUAUGCGGUGGUCCGCAAGGAGCCGCUUCCGAAGCCCACGCCACCUGCCCGCCGAAAGAAGUUUACGCGAUCGCCGGGUGAGCGGUUCGCCACGUUGCCCAGCAUUCGAGGCUCUCGGGGAUCACCGCCACCCGCACGACCACCGCCACCACAGCAGUAUGUGCCCACUGAGGACUCUCCGGUGGUGCCACGCCGCAGAUCCGCGGCCAGCCUGGAUGAGAUUCCGCUGAUGAUCAAGUCGAACUACGAGUCACAGAAGGAGAAGCCGAAGCAGCCGGAAGAGGAGGAUGACUACGAGGAGCCGGGUGCUUUGAAUCGCUCCAAUUUGCAGUCGGGCGCAGUCAUCAACAAGAUGAAGUUCCGACCACUGCCGCCGCCACCGCGUCCUCCGCGCGAGAAGCGAUCCACGAGAGCCGGAAGCCAGACUCACGAGAGUUACGAGGACAGUGAACAGGUGGCCAGUUCCAGCCAGGCGGAUAGUUAUGACCAGGGUGAGUUCGAGGUGGAGGUGUCCACCCAGACGGAUCCUCUGCCCGAUGAUUUUGUGUGCGAAGAGUUCGAGAUCACUGAGGACAUGAAGAUCAUCGAACCGCGACGCUCCAAUGGAUCGGGCAACAAAACCCUAGAGGAUCUGCUGCGCAGCGUAGAGGCAGCUCAGGAGCAGGAUGAGGUAGACGGAGCUCGAGUUCUUUCCGAGGACGAGCAGCUGGCUAAGGGUCUGCAGAGAUUCCGGGACGCCAAUCAGCGCAGCAUGUCGGAGCGAUCACGGGCUUCAUCACAAGCAGAUCGUUCCAAGUCGCUGAGCCGGCCGCAGACGCCUUCAUCGGCGGUGAUCAUCGAACGCCGUGUGCCCACUCCCAGCCUAACUGCUGGUGAGGAUGAUGCCACGGUGCAGGCCUCAUUAAUCGUUAGACCCAUUAGUGCUGCCGAUUUGAUUGACGAUGAUCUGCGACGGGAGGAGGAGGAACUGCGUCGUGAGGGCUUGCUCUCAGACAGCUCGGUGCAAAGUAAGUCCGACGUGGAGGAUGAGCACGGUGAGGUGGCAUUGAGUGACUACGCCGCCAGCACGGCCGACUUGGACGCAGCGGUAGAGCAACUGCAGCAGGCUCAGCUGGAGAGCGACUACGAGAGUAGACUGGAGGAUGAUGAAGUUGAACGAACCCUCAGGGACAGCGAGUAUGAGGAGGAAAACUUUUCCGAACAGGAGGAAGAGCAGGAAACAACAAAGCUGGAAAAGGAACUAACUGAGCAGGAACUGGAGGAGGCUCUGGAGAAGGAGCUACAGGAAGCAAUGGAGAAGGAGCUAUCUGACUACCGCCAAAAGGAGAAGGAGCAAGAGCAGACCUUCUCCGAAGAGGAAUUGGCUGCUUCAGAGAUCGAUUACCACCAAUCUGAAGAGGAACAAGCCACCUCCGAGGUCGAUUAUCACCCAUAUGAGGAUGAGCAUCCCUUGUCCGAUGGUGAACAGCCUCUCUCCGAAGAGGAACACACUUUAUCCGACACGGAACACAUCCCGACUGAGCCCGAAACACAGAAAAUUGAGGAAACCAUUCACAAAUCUACAGCUAGCGAACCCACCGAGGCCGAAGUUGAGCUAAAAUUCGUUGCCACUUUGCCCACCGAACCCGCUUUUGGAGACAAAGAGGAGGAACCAGAGGAGCCGCCUCUUCCACCACCACGUCGCAAGUCCACCACCGCCCUGGAACCCAUUACCACCACAGCCCUGACCAUCGCCGAACAGUCCAGCCGCGAACUAACGCCCAUCCAGACGGUGCAAUCUGCGCCAGAACCGCAAUUCCCCAGUCACCUGGCUGAAUUGGAGGUGGAACGUCUGCGCGUCCAUGCCCUGCAGGCUGGUCAGAUUCAAGUAUCGCAACUGCAUGGCAAUCAAGUCAAAGCAGACGAUCUGCAGUGCAAGUCCGGACAACUGGUGGUGCAGAAUAUCGAACUCCCGCCUGGUUUUAUUGACGACAUUGUGGAGCGGGUGCAGCGAGAGCAGCGUCCUUCUUUGCUUACCACUGAAACCCAGACUAGUCGGCAGGCAAGCAGCGAACCCGCCACCUCCGAGAAGGAGCUGCCCGUUAAGCCACCUCGUCACAGCAAGACCACCGAGCAAGUGCCACCCGCAUCCAAUCUGGACGAGCAGACCCAGACGGAUGCCGGCUUGUUGCCACUACCUCCACCGCCGGUAGCCUAUCCCAGUGUUGAGUACCUCCAGUCCUUGGCCCCACUAGCCUUCUUCAAUCUGCAGCGAAGCGCAGAGGCGGAGCAAGCGGAGGGCUUGAAAUCAAUAGAGCGAAAGGCACCGCACAAAUGUCGACGUCGUCAUGUUCAGGAGCCCAUCGAAUCGGAAUCAGGCUCCGAUCCAGAGGAGCAGCUGGUGGAGCGACCACGCUCGCGUUCUCGUCGCUCUCGCACCCGCAGUGCUACCCAGCCAUUGGAUGAAGACUACGACGAGGAUCAGCCCAAGACGGUUGCUCAGGCAGGACGAAAUUUUGCCUCCGCCUGCAGCCUGGAACUGGUUAACAUUAUCAACCAGCUGACACACUAUGUUCGAGGUGACGCAAUGGAGCCUCAACAGGCGACCCGUAAUAUGUCGGCACUGGUGAUCUUCUUCAUCGUGAUCACGCUCGCAGUUUUGGUAUUCCUGUUAACGGGGCGGCAGGUACACACCCAUCAUUGGGACUACUUUAAUCCGCCCGGGAACGAUCAUGGAAGGCAGACGUGAGGGACUGUGGGCAGUCUCUUCCUGGUUUUGCUAUCCUUUGGAGCGGUAUUGCAUUUUGGAGCAUCGAAUCUGGCCAAGAAUCUUGGCGGGAUGAAGAAACGAAUUUAAACGCGGCCAGGUGUCCGCUCGAAACUUGAAGGCCUUAAUGAUACUAACAAGAAAUUACUUUAGGAAAGAGGUGCGUCAAUGAUGGCGGCGUUGGGCGGGGGCGUUCCCGUGCUACUAGUCACACAAAACAAUCGAAACCAGAAUCCCAGUUCAAUGACCCAUCAUCACACACAUACCGACAUCUAACUUGUACUAACCAGAAAUAUAGAGGGAACAUUUUUCAACAUUGUCUACCAACGAUAUAGAAAUCUAUAUGGCAGAGCAUAGCAACAGAAGCAACGAUCAUGUAUUAACUAUUUACUUAACUCAUGCUAUGUACAUACAUAUGUAGACGUUCUCUGUUUCUUGCGAGGAGGGGGCGAGACCACUAAUUUUGUUUGCUCAUCUUUUCUACCACGUAAGGCAAAGCGAGAGAUUCAAUUGUUGAACAAAUUGUUGUUUAAUUUAGAUCAAAAAGUAGGAAUUAAUAUACAAAACAUACACUCUUUUUCAUUGAAUUCAUUUGAACGUUAUAACUUGAAAUGCGAGUACUUAGCCAGAAAGUGAACAUAUAUACAUAAAUAUAUAGAAGCGUAUUUUCAAUAAAGCAAAAUGAUUUAAAAUAAA